UGCACUUGAUUUAGAAAAUAUUGAAAAAAUAAUGGAAAAGACUGGAAAGGAAUAUUUUUUGUAUAAAAUUGAUAUUGGUGUUAUGAAAAAUCGAAGAAAAUGGAGUCACAGCAAAAAUAAAGUGUCAGUUUCAAUACGAACAGCUGUCCAUGAUAUUUUGAUAAUUAAACAACCAGUAACAAAAACUCCUGCCUGGCUUUAUGCUGUUUCAUUUCUGAGUGGAGCUAUUAUAUAUUUUUUAAUUGGAUUACUUUUGUAUAAGGUUGGAUUUUUUAAAAGGAAACGGCAUCAUGGAAGCGUAGAACCUGAUCGACCUUUUAGUAUAACAGAUUUACAAAUUCCAAAUUUUGUAUAUACACAAAAUAAAAAUAUUUCUACUGGAGCAAAACCAAGUUAUUUCGGAUUAAGUUUAUUAUUACAGAAAGAUAGAAUUUUGGUUGGUGCUCCAAGAGCUAAUUCAAGUCUUGCAAGUCAAGAAAGUAUUAAUGAAUCAGGUUUGUUAUAUAUUUGUUCGGUUACUGAAAACAAAGAGGAAUGCAAACCAUUUGUUCUUGAAAAAAACGGAAAUAUAAAAUAUGGGCCGGAAAAUGAAACAGAAAGGAGAGAUAAUCAAUGGCUUGGUGCUUCAAUUUCAGGAAAUGUUAUAGGUAAACAAAAUGGAGAUAAUCCUUUUAUGGUAUGUGCGCCGCUUGUUAAAACAUUCAAAUAUUUUCGUAUUUCCGGAGUAUGUUACAUUCAAAGAAAUAUUAAAACUGAUUCUAAAAAGUACAAACAAAGCUUGCCAGAUUAUGAAAAAUAUAAACAUUAUAGCCGUAUGUUUCUAAAUCUUGGUUUUAGUAGUCAUUGGAUUAAAGAACGAGAAAUUUUUCUGACUGGGACACCAACCUGUGAUGGAAAUCGUGGUGCAUUUACUCAUUAUAAUUUAAAUAAUGGUAAAGGAAAACUUGUUGAUUCAGUAACUCAAAGUGAUUCUUAUGGCGGCUAUUCUAUUACAUCUGGUAUACUUAAUAAAAAUGGUGCAAUAUCUUAUAUUAUUAGUGCUCCACGUUAUAAAGGUGUCGGUAAUGUUAUUGUAGUUAAUGAAAAUAAUUUAAACAAAAGGGAACGAGUAUUAACAGGUUCACAACCUUAUGAAUAUUUUGGUUAUUCCGUUAUAGCAACAGAUAUAAAUCAAGAUGGACUUUCUGAUAUUAUUGUAUCAGCACCAUUUUAUUCAUUAAAAAAUCGUUAUGAAGUUGGUGCUAUUUAUAUAUACGAUAGUAUUAACAAUUAUAAAAAAAAAGAAAUAAUUGUUGCUCCAAGUAAAUUUUCAUAUGGUAGAUUUGGUUUAUCUUUAGCUUCAUUAGGUGAUAUUAAUUUAGAUGGAUAUAAUGAUAUUGCUGUAGGAGCACCAUAUGAAAAAAAUGGAAAAGUUUAUAUAUAUCAAGGCAGUUCAAAUGGUUUAUAUGCAAUACCAUUACAAAUUCUUGAAUCACCAAAAUUUUCUGAUGAAAUACACCUAAAACAUAAUUUUGGUUUUACAAUAUCAAAUGGUGCCGACAUCGAUAGUAAUGGUGUAAAUGAUAUUGUGGUUUCAGCUGUUAAUAUUGAUACAGUUUACCUUUAUAAAGCAUAUCCAAUUGACAAAUAUAAAUCAGUUAAUCAAGAAUUAUACAUAAAGCAUUUAUGUGAUGGAAAUCGUACCUGUAAUUCUAAUCUUAAAGUUGAAAUUGAAAAAUCUGGAAGGAGUAUACUGCUUGUGGAUCUGAAUCGAUAUUUAACAGUAAGUUUUAAAACACAGAAUUUGGUGGGGAAUGAUCCUGCAUAUUUACCACGCAUAAAUAUAACAACAAAUCAAAAUAUACCUCUAUAUAAGGAAUCUUCUAAGUGUAAAAUGUUGAAUCUUCAAAAUAAAGAACGAAUAUUGCAAUGUGCUUUAUCGAAUGAGGAAAAUUUGGUCCUGCAACAAAAUGAAACGCAAAUUUUGAAUUUAACUUUUGAUAUUUCUAAUUUGAAAGGAUCAAAAUUGAUUUUUAAAGCGACUGUCUCCAGUUCAAGCAAUGAAAUUGAUCAUAGUGAUAAUGUUGCUAGUUUAACAUUUGCAAUUGUUGGAUGUGGUGAUAUAGAAGUUAUUGAAACAUCUCUUGAGGGCUCUCAGUUUAUUAAUUUGUAUGAAGGUGAAGAACAAAUGAUAGAAUUUGAGAAAACAUUUCAAAUAAAAAAUGCUGGACCAAGUACACUGACUAAUUUAAAUUUUAGCAUUCAAUAUCCAAUUGUAUCAAAUUUCAAUUCAAGUAAAAUCAUAUCACCAGUUCAACCACUUAAACUGUUUUUGAAUGAUGAAGUUAAACUAAAUCUAAAUGAAAUAAAUGAUAUUGGUAAUAACAAUAAUAGUGGUAACAGUUCUAUUGAAUUGCUUAACUCACGCAAAGAACGCAGUGCUGUUAUUGAGGGUGUUUGCAUAGAUACUACACAUUGGUUGCCAAGUUUAUAUUCAGAAUUCAUAAAAGUUAUUCCGUUCGAAAAUAAAAUCGAAUUUGAUACGAUUUCUUCCGAAAAUUUACAUACUAAGUCUUUCAUAAUUGACAAGCUAAAGACAUCAUCGACAAGUGUUUCUGAAAUUAUAAUCAAAUUUAAAGUGAAUCAAAAAGAUUUAUGGAAUUUAUUGAAAAAAUAUAAUACUGAGUUUUUCAUAUAUAAAUUGAAUUUCAUCGCUAGCAGCCAGCUUUGUUCAAACGCAGACGAUUGUACACCGACUAUAUUCACUUUUCGAUCAAAAGUUGAAGAAAUUAUCAUAAAAACUGUUCCCAUACAGAAAUCUGAAAUUUGGAUUUAUGCUGUUUCAUUCGUUAUAGGUUUAAUAGUCUAUUUUCUAAUUGCUUUUCUAUUUUAUAAGCUUGGAUUUUUCAAAAGGAAAAAACAUGAGGAAGUUAAAGAUUUCAAAAGGCAAAGUAUUAUGAGACAAUCAAUGAGAAUUACAGCAAUUCCAGAUGGAUUCGACCCACGUCAUGUCAGCGGUAUAUUACAGUUAAACCAAAAUGAUGACCUUAUAACAGAAGAAAUAGAAGAGGAUUCAAUGUAA